UCAGAGCAGGGAAUAAGGGAGAGAAAGGGAGGAAGUUCACACAACUAUGUUUAUUCGAGGCGGCCUGGGCCAGAACUAGGCACAGUGACAGAUCUGUACGGCUGAACAGUGGCACAGCAGAGCAGAGGGAGCUGCCCAGAGGCCGUGGUCUGUCUGCACGGACAGACACCGAUAGGGAGGACACAACUGGGCAAACAAAGAAUAUGGCUAAAUUGACACGUUACCUCUGCCUUUUUGGCAUACUCUGUGGGAUUGUCUAUUCAUCUUCUGCUGCCAGACUUGGAGAACAGCAACAUACCUUGUUGAAAGUGUGUGCGAAGGGAUUUUUCCUCAGCGAGCAAAACAAAUGCUUGCCAUGUAACUGCAAAGGACACGCGGAUCACUGUGAGGACAUCACGGGCAUUUGUAGCAAUUGCAAGGAUCAUAGUACUGGAGACUUCUGUGAAAUGUGUGAAGAUGGCUACAUGCUGGCACCUAGUCAGGGUGGACGCCAUAGCUGCCAACCCUGCGCCUGCCCUCUCCCUGUGCCUUCCAAUAAUUUUGCAGUACAUUGUGACAUUCAACGCUGCAAAUGCAAGGAGGGCUAUGCUGGUCAUUCCUGUGAGAGGUGUGCUCCAGGUUACUAUGGCAUGCCAAUGACAAUUGGUGGUUCCUGCAAGAGAUGUGACUGUAACGACAACUCUGACCCAAACCUGAUCUUCAAUUGGUGCCACAAUGUGACAGGUCACUGCCAGCACUGCUGGGGGAACACUGCUGGGCCCAAUUGUGAGAGGUGUGCUCAAGGUUUCUACGGUGAUGCCAUCGGUGCCAAGAACUGCCGAGCGUGCGAGUGCAAUCAAUGUGGCACAUCCUCAUGCGAUGACCGGACAGGAGUGUGUCACUGUAAACCAGGCGUCACGGGGUCGCUCUGUGACCGCUGUGAGGAGGGAUACUCAGGUUUCUCCGGCUGUCAGGGCUGUCAGAGAUGUGAAUGCGGGCCAGCUUCUCUUCGUCCCACCUGCCAUCCACUCACUCACAGCUGUCUGUGCCGCCCGGGUGCCGGAGGUCGUUACUGUGAGAGGUGUCUCCCAGGGUUUUGGGAUUACAACCCUUCUGGCUGCAAGCAGUGUGAUUGUGAGAGCAAUCAUUGUGAUACACACACUGGAGAGUGCCUACCAGAGCCUGCAACGGUUAAUCUGUGCAAUAUCAGUUGUGAUGAAUGCAUCUGGCAUGUCAUCGGAGACCUGCGGCUGUCCAACAAAACGCUGGACCAUUUGAGGGUCGGAGUGUUGAACAUCUCCACCGGGGCUGCUGUUAACGACAGAGUCAAAUACUAUAAUUAUACUGCUCAUCACCUGCAGAAUCAGUUUCAAGGCUGGAGGAACAAGUUGUCUGGAAUAAAGGCUGAGGCUGAGGGGUUGGAAGACUCCACACAGGACGUGAUAUCAUACAUCAAACAGCUUAGCGAAGCGGAAAGCACAGUGAAGGCUUUGGGAAGCCAGCUGGACAAGAACGCACUGCAGACCUUAACAGUGGCUGAAAACUUCAGCAAAAACCUCACUGACCUCAACACGCGCAUUGAAGACAUGAUCCAUGAAUGGGAGCUGUAUAGUGUUUACCAGGAAGUGGACCCUGAGGUGGUCAGAAGAAACACAGACGAAGCCUUGAGUAUUGUGAGCGACAUGAGAAAACUCGACUUGUCUGCACAAGGACCCAUCACCAUUGAAGAGUCAACAGAAGCCCACGACUUGCUAAGGCGUAUUCGUCAGUUGGAGAAGAAGUCAUUGAUUACACAUGGCCAUCUCCCCCCACUCAAAUCGGCUUUGUCCAACUUCACUACAAAGCUGUCGGACGCGCAGUCCUUCCUGCAGAAAGCUGCCAGAACAAUCGAGGAGACACAGGAAAGGAACAGAGCCAAUAUCCUUAAAUUCCAGAGGAAUGAGGCCAAGCAGCAGAGGAUGACGACGGAGCUCACAGCAAUCCAUAACACGACAGAAAACGCCAAAGAGCUUAUUUCUAAAUCAGAAGAGACCGUGGCUGAAGUGGAUAUGUUGGUGCAGAAUAGUACACAUUUCCAUGCUGCAAUUGAUGGUGCUGGGCAAAAGCUGAUAGAGAAGAUGGAACAACUCUCAUUGGCUGAUAUAGACUUGGUUCAGAGGGCAGAUGAGCAUGCUGAGGAGCUGGAACGACAAGCCACCAAACUGGAAGAAGAUCUGAGAGAGAGUGAUGCCAAUGGCUUUGUGCAGAGGGCCAUAAGUGCUGCCAACGUCUACACCAACAUCGUGAAAUACAUCAGCGACGCCAACAUCACAUCACUCACCACCUUGAACUUAUCCCACACAGCAGAUGAUUCCAUCACUGGGAUCAACAUGCAGCUUAAGGAUCUCGUGGUAAAAAGCGACAAUGUCUUCAAGGAGUCCGUUUCAUUGCAUUCUGAGCAAACAGACGUAAAAGCCGAGGUGGUUGACAAGCUGAAAUACAUUGAGGGGACGAAAGAGACCUUGGAAAAGAACACCAAAAAACUCCAAGAAACGGUGCUGGAUAUUAAUGAACUCCAGACGGACAGAACUCCACAGCGACUGGAGUACACGCUUAAGGUGGCAGGGGAAACGUAUAACCACUCAGCAGAAGUGCUGAAGACCAUUACCCCUAUCAGUACCAAAGUGGAGGAAUGGGCCAAUAAUCUGAGAAACAACAAAUACUCUACCACUGCAUAUGAACAAGCCAUCGUCUCUGCAAAGGAAUCAGUGGAGAACCUAAAUGUUCUUCUGCCUGAGCUGUUGGAAAAACUGAAGGUGGUUGAGGACAAGAAGCCGGUCAACAACAUAACAGCAAAUGUCAUGAGAGUCCGAGAGCUGAUAGCGCAGGCCAAGAGUGUGGCAAAGAAGGUUCAAGUGUCAAUGAAGUUCAAUGGUCAGUCUUCAGUGGAGGUUCAUCCUGACACCAACCUGGAAGACCUGAAGGCAAUGACGUCCAUCAGUUUAUUUAUAAGAGUGGACCCAGACAAGGAUCCAAUAGAGGACCGUUUCAUUUUCUAUCUGGGAGACAGAAAGGGUCAGAAAGACUACAUGGGACUGGCCAUCAAGAAUGACAACUUAGUGUACAUGUACAACUUUGGCGGCGAAUACGUUGAGAUCCCGCUCAGUUCAAAACCGGUCAGCCAAUGGCCUGCUGUCUUCAACUAUGUCAAAGUAGAGAGGUUGGGUCGACAUGGGAAAAUCUAUCUCAUUGUCCCCAGCCAAAGCUCCACCGAUGAACAGAAAUUCAUUCAGAAAGGCGAAGCUCCAGGCACUGACUCACUGUUUGACGUCGACCCAAAAGAUAUGGUCUUUUUUGUUGGGGGUGUCCCACCGGAUGCUAAGCUCCCCCCUCCAUUGAGUCUUGCUCCCUUUGUGGGUUGCAUCGAGUUGGCUUCACUGAACAAUGACGUCAUCAGUCUGUAUAAUUUCAAAAAAACUCACCAAAUGGAUGUGAUUGCAUCCACGCCAUGUUCCAGAUACAAACUGGCUUUCUCCCAGAGUCGUAUUGCCAGUUACUUGUUUGACGGAAAAGGCUAUGCGCUGAUCAACAAUAUUGAGCGGAGAGGGAAAUUUGGUUACGUCACAAGAUUUGAUAUUUCAGUGCGAACAGUUGCCAACAAUGGCGUUCUUUUCAUCAUGGUCAAUGGCGAUAAAUUCUUCCUAUUAGAAAUAAAACAUGGAUUCCUGCGCCUCAUGUAUGACUUUGGCUUCAGCGAUGGGCCAAAACUUGUGGAGAAUAACACACCCAAACUAAAAAUAAACGAUGCCAGAUAUCAUGAGGUAUCAGUCAUCUAUCAUCAGUCAAAGAAGGUUAUCCUUCUGGUGGAUAAGAGCCAUGUUAAAUCUAUGGAAAAUCCAAAAACCACUUUGCCAUUCUCCGAUAUCUACAUAGGUGGCGCUCCCUCACACAUUCUCCAGUCCAGGCCUGAGUUGUCUGAUGUGGUCAACCUCAAAGGUUGCGUCAAAGGUUUCCUGUUCCAAAAGAAAGACUUCAACCUGUUAGAGGAGCCUGGCACCAUCGGCAUCAGUAGCGGCUGCCCCGAGGAGUCUUUCGCAUCACACAAAGCCUAUUUCACGGGUGAGAGCUACCUCGGAUCCUCGGCAAAGAUUUCCCCAUUUGACAAUUUUGAAGGAGGCCUCAACUUUAAAACAUUACAACCCAAUGGACUCUUGUUGUACCACGAGGAAGGGCCUGAUGAAUUCAGCAUUUCCCUUGAGAAUGGCGCAGUGGUGAUGAACACGCGUGGAACAAGAGUUAAAUCCCACAAGAAGCAGUACAAUGAUGGAAGGACCCAUUUCUUACUGGCCUCGGUCAACCCCAUGACGUAUUUGUUAUUGGUGGACGAUAAAGACAAGCAGGAGAAGAAACGCCCUGCAUCAAGCGCUACAUCCUCCUCAGUUUCUCCUCUAAAGAGCUUCUACUACGGGGGGUCACCAAGCAGCAGCUUCAAGAACUUCACAGGCUGCAUCAGCUAUGCCUACAUAAACAGACAAGACCGAGACAUCGAGCCGGAGGACUUUCAGCGCUACACGAACAACGUCCAGACUUUCCUGCAAGACUGUCCAGUGCAAAAGCCUCCUGCCGCUCUCUCGUCAAGACUCAGGGAUGACAAACAGAAAGCCAAACAGAGGCAAUCGCAAAAGGUUAGCAGAGAUGAGUCCAGCCAGAAAUCAUUGAACCUGAACAUGACUCCCUGCCAACUCCCCUCACGUCCUGAAGCAGCACGGCAUGCCUAUCAAUACGGCAACUUUGCCAACAGUCGGCAGCACUACACAGAACUCCCACCCUCAUUUUCGGAGAGGUCCAACUUUUCUUUGUCCCUAAAGACCAGGACAUCAUUUGGCCUCAUUUUUUAUGUAUCUGACGACCAAGAAAAAAACUUUAUGUCUCUGUUCCUGGCCAAUGGCAAGCUUGUAUACACCUUCAGUGUAGCAGAUGAACGAGUCGAAAUCUGGAGCAAGGACAGCUACAACAACGGCGCCUGGCAUGAGGUCACCUUCAUCCGUGAUGGGAAUAUGGGAAAAUUGAUCAUCAAUGGGCACACAGCGCUGGAAGACAGAGUCGAAGGCAACGUUGUCUCCUUUCAUGUCAGCAGUCCCCUCUAUUUCGGAGGGGUGCCUCCUGAGCGAGCGCAAAAAAAUAUUCAGAGAAACUCACUCAACAGCUUUUCUGGCUGUCUGAAGAAUAUUCAGCUUAACGGACGCUGGUUGGCAUCAGUGGAUGAGACAUUUGGGGUCACUCCGUGUUUUGAGGGACUCACUGAACCAGGAACAUUCUUCGCGGAGGAAGGAGGCUACGUACUUUUGGAUACAUUUGACUUGGGACCUCGAUUUGAGCUAGCGAUGGAGGUGCGGCCCCGUGUUGCAACCGGUGUGCUCCUCCACGUGCCCACAGCAGACGACUACUUCACCAUGUACAUCCAUCAAGGAGCAGUGGUGGUGAUUUCAAGUGAUGGGACACGCGAGUUAUUCACCAGAGUUUCUCCUAAAGACGGUCUGUGUGCCGGCAACUGGCACAGAAUCAGCGUGAUGAGAGAUAGCAACAUUCUGGAGUUGGAAGUGGACGAUGAGGUCAGUCGUGUGGAUGGAUUUUUGAAUCUCCGCUCCGCAGUCGCCAGAAAGCCGAUCUUCAUAGGUGGAGCUCCGGGUCUCCAUCUGUCAGCCAGCCAUGUAACCAAGGAGCCUUAUGUCGGCUGCAUCAGGAACAUGAUGAUCAACAAGAGCAGAGCCAGCUUCAGCAAAGCGGCUUUGAUCAGUGGGGCGGUCAGUGUAGGGACCUGUCCAGCUGUGUAAUCUAACCAUCACGUCACCAUCACUGCUAUUCCCAAUACAGCGCUGAUCCAGGAUAAGAAACAUAAGCAUUAAAAGCCAAUCACUGGCCUUAUAUUUACUCUUUCUAUGGUAUAUGUUUUGUGUUAAAUGUGUAACUAAGUUCAAAUUUGAAAACAACGUCAACAACGAAUGAAUCCAACUAAACCCAACGUGGAAAAAAGGUCAUUGUGAGAAAGAAACACUGCUGGGAUAAUGUAUUCAUCAGCUUUACACACAUGACUGUCAUACAAAUACAGAAUAUUUCACACCCUC